CUGAACUUGAUGACAAGGACAGGAAGAACGAAGACGGGGCCCAGCAAGGUGGGGGCACACAAUCGGAGCGAAGAAGCGCUGCCACAUCCCAGGGCCAGGGUCUGAAUUGUAGAACCCCCACUGCAGGACAGUCCCCAGGGUCCUUAGUACGUGACUGCGGCGGCAUUGCAAGAUAAAACUGAAAGCGGCGGCGGAUGAGAUCUUAAGAGCAGCUCAUAAUUUGUUUGAUCAUGCCAGACUAUACCCUUUGAGGAGUCAGACCUGGAAUCAACUUAUCUGAAAGGUGGUGGCCUCUGCGAUGACGUCCUUGUGGGAAGCGUACAAGACUUUUGUGCGUCAGAAUCACCAAUGGCUCACAUCGGUUGAGUCAGCUGCACAAGGCCUGACAUGGGUCCUUCCAGAGCGGUUUGCAAGCUCAGAACUUGCAGUGGAAGGAGUCUCCUCGCUUCUCGGCAUCUUCCAGCUCCUUAACGAGCACAUCGUCCAAGCAUACCCCGCCUCCCACAUCCCCAACGCGCCCCGGGUGCCCCUUCCCCCUCCCCCCUCGCACGGCGCUUUCCCGGACAGAGGGCCGAUUGGCGGUUUCCACGGCCAUCCGCAACCGUGGCGGGGGGGUAGAGGGCCCCCGCCGCCAGGACUGCACGGACCCCCCCCCGUGACGGACGCGAUUCCGAGACAUGUGGCUGCGCACAAGAGCCUUCCGUGGCCGGUAUUGUUGGCGAUUGUGGGGCAGUUGGAAGUGUUGGCGGAGACUGCAGCGCAGGAGUACCGGGGGCCGGAGAAGAAGUGGGGCAUUGUGGCCCUGGUGGAAGGGUUGAAGGUUAUCCUGCGGCUGCUCCUGUUGCGCCAGUCCGGGGGCCGCAUGCUCAUCGACGGCGGGGAGGAGCCGAACGAAUCCGCAGAGGCCGUUGCCAACACCGCCGUUGCGGCCGCCGAGGCCACAGAGAACGACCGUCCGGUUUUGGACGCAUCGGAUGCCAUUGUCCAAGCUGGUCCGAUGGGACCGAGCCCCUACGCUGAUGAGUUUGCGGCCCCGUCGAAGCCCCGGGACAAGGGCGGCAUGGCCCUGCACGCAUUUGCCAAGUUCAGGGAGCGAAACCUCGUGGCGCGAGCACCGCAGCUCGAUUCUGCGGCGGCGGCGCACGGGAAGCAUAGGGAGCCUGAUCUCGAAAUGGGACACCGCCAGCCCCCCUGGUGGGCCGAAGACGGCGCCUCCUCUUCCCCCGAGGCCCUGUCAACCCUCUCCGUCCACAGCCGCGACGACCCUUCCGUGGGGCCAUCGUCGCAACCCUCCUCUAAACAGGGCCUUUCGGGAAAGGUGCCGUUUCAAACCGACGGGGCGUCAACGUCUGAACGCGAGAACAGCUCGGGGGGCGCGUUUCUGAACCGGUAUGUUAUCAAUACGGACGUCCGGGGUCGGGGAAAGCUGCAGCGCUACGACACCCCCCGUCCGGAGGACCUGGAGUUGCCCCCCCCCUCGCGGCUCCUCGCGACCGUUAUGUCCGAAAGCAUCGACGUCGAAAGCAUAGACCCCCGAACCCUAGCGGCGCAAAACAACGAGACUUUACUUUCCGCCGGAAGCCUAAAACCGGAGAUGUCGGCGGCCGAGCGCGCCGCGCGGACGUGUCUCACGGCGGGCGAGGUCCUAUACGCGAUGCGGCCGUUGGUAUACGUAUUGGCGAUGCGCAAGUGGGGUGCCAGGAAGUGGAAGCCGUGGCUGCUGUCGCUGGGAGUGGAUGCGGCGAGCAUGGCGCUGAUUGCGGCGGGGGAUGAGGUGCUGAAACGAGACGCGCGGGGAAAAGGGAAGGAGGGCGAGGGGGGGCUGACGGAGCAGGAGAGGAGCGAGAUGGCGAGGCGACGGGUCCUGCUUCUCCUGUACCUGAUGCGGAGCCCCGUCUUCGAAAUGGUGACCAAGCCUCCCGCUGAAGCUGUGGGGCGCGUCCUUUGGCCGGUGCCUUUGCUGGGCGCCCUGACAAGCAAAGCUCUCGAGAUCUUCGAAGGCGUGCAGGGAUACUACUUCUACACAGCUGCCUCCUAAAUGCCUUUGCAAUACCUCUGGAAUCUUCCAAUAUGACAGAAACAACGAGCAAAACGGUCCUUCUAAUGUUACGACAUCAUCGGCCAACUGCUCAGGAUCAGAAGCCGGCUUUCCAAAAAUGACAAAAGAUGGUAAAUUUCACGUAAGCUGGGCAUGUGUGCAAUGGUAUGCGCUUGCCUCUUGCCGCGCAACUGAAUCGAGG